CGGGUGGUGUGGCAACUGGUAAGAUCGCGUCGUCUGUACCGCUAUCUCGGCGAAUAAAUAAAAGAUGCAGCUCGCUGUGGUCACAAAGGAGGUCCCGCUAGCGUAAGCUCAGUGCGACUGUAGGCUCCCUACGCGAUGGUCAACUACAAACGAGUGGUCUGCGAGGUGGCGGUGCUGUUAACGUGCUUGGCAGUUGCCUUCGCAGCACCGGCGGCCGAUUGCGACGAGAAAAAGACACAUUACGACCAAAGGCAGAAUGGCACUGAAAACUUCAGACUGUCCAUAGAUGGCAUGGUCAUCGCCAUCGCCCCAGCGGACGCGCUCGUCGAAGCAGCUUCAGACUUCGUUGAUCUAUUAGAUAUCCCUGAUCUUGAGGAGUAUCUAAAACCACCCAGUUCGUCGAACAAACCUGUGACGAGCGAAUCGAAACCGGAGAUCCCCAGUGACUCGAAACCGGAGCCAGAGAAGAUCCCCAGUGACUCUAAACCUGAGCCGGAAAAGAUCAUCAGUGACUCGAAGCCUGAUGCGGAGAAACCAGCCGACCCGCCUCUUAGCGACGUUAGCCUCCCAGAAACUAAGCCUCAGAGGAAAGAAGCGAAUGCCGGAAAGCAAGAAAAAGCUCAAAGACUGAAGCAUCGCCUCGCCAAUUUUUUGAUACCAUUGCUAAGGAGGACGCGCCACCACUGAAAAUCUACUUGUAAUCUCAGAACAUAAAAAGCUCUGAGAUUAUAUUUAACAGAAGGCCAUAUAGCCACGAGUGAUAUGCAGAAUGCAUUUAUAUUUAUUUAUUACUAGUAUAGUAUGUUAGUUUAAGUUGUGUGAUUGUAUGCGAAUUGUUUUGUUGAAAAUAAAUGAUAAUUCUUAUUGAAAAAUCCCUAAAAAGAUAAA